AUUGACCACUCUUCGUAUUCUUACUUAACAGGAUACUGUUAUAUGUAAAUAUAGAUACUUGUGUGAUGUCUUUGUGUUCCCAAUACACACUUCAACUUUAGAGGAAAACACUCGAUCAAAAUUUUCAGGCAUCUCAAACUUCUUCAGCAACCUCGGAACGAAGGAGAAAGGAAAGAGUGCCGAGAAGAAAAGGAAAGAGAAGUUACCUCCGAUUACCCCGGGACAGGCCAUCGUAUCUCAAAAUGGCGCCCGUAAGAUCGUCACACCCGAAACAAAAGUCUCACCAGACUUCAAACAGAGGACACUCCAAGAAUUCAAGUCUGAUGUUGAGAAAGCAAAGGCUACAAAGGAUAACAAGAUCCUCCUCAAGUAUUUCGAAUCAACUUUCUUAUCGUUCGCACACAUCAACGUAACAUUCAAGGAUCCAGUUAAACAUGGAAAGAGCCUGGAAGAUUGUGGUUUGGUGCAGGAGUAUAUUGAUAGUGUUUAUAAAUGUCUGCUAGAAACAACUGUUGAAAUACAGAAGAUUACUCUCAAAGGAAUCAUUAAUAGUCUCCUCAAAGACCUGAAAAAACCUCGGGAUAAGAAUGACUUGAGAGCUUACCUAGUAUUAAUUCAGAAUCCGCAGUUUGAUAAGGCUUCGACGUUCGUUAUAUUUGCUCAUCUUCUAAGGCAGCUUUCCACCUUGGCAGACAAUGAUCAUCAUUAUAUGGUGCAUUGGUUUAAGGGGUUACCUGCCGCUAACUUCAAGUCAAUCGUAGAACGAUUGCAACAGUUUACAUCCGUCCGUCUUUUCCCGCCAAAAAGUGAUGAUUUACCGCCUGUUGGUAAAUGCUCUUGGUGGAUACCCAGUGCUACCAAAGUCCUCGCCUUACUCAAUGCAUCCAACUCAAUGUGUAAACCUUUGAAGGUACCAUACACGUGUUUCUAUAACAACACUCUGGAUAACAUCGAUCUUAUGAAGGAAUACCACGCGUGGCAAAACCCUGUCGGCCAUCAACAAAUCUUCACAUUUUGCCAGUAUCCGUUUGUUCUGAGCCUUCAGGCUAAGAGAAGCAUUAUGCAGAAAGAUUCAGAACAGCAGAUGAUAAUGACAGCAAGGAGAACUCUGGUAGCUAAAGUUCAACAACGUGAGAUGCCAAAUAUGAACAUGCUCUUCCUAAAUCUCAAAGUACGACGUUCACAUCUAGUCUCUGAUUCACUACACGAGGUUGCCAAUAAGAAGCAAGACUUGAAGAAGAAACUCCGGGUAUCUUUCGCGGGCGAGCCAGGUCUUGAUAUGGGCGGUCUAACCAAGGAGUGGUUUCUAUUACUUCUAAGAAAGAUCUUCAGAGAGGAAUAUGGGAUGUUCACGUACUUCAAGAAGACGCAUUGUUUCUGGUUCAACCCCGCCUCCACUGAUUGCAAUCAAGAAUUCAAUCUGGUUGGAGUUUUAAUGGGUCUUGCAGUCUACAACAGUAUCAUCCUAGACAUCCGUUUCCCUGCCAUCACAUACAAGAAGCUCCUGAGUCCUGCAGUCGUGCCAUACAACAAACCACAAGCUCAUGUAGGAAGGUGCAAAGUCACCCUCGAAGAACUCGAACAAGUCAAUCCCGAUCUGUGUCAUGGGUUGAAGGAACUCUUAGAGUACAGCGGAGAUGUGGAGGAAGAUCUGUGUACGACGUUUCAGUGUUCAAUUCCCGUCUACGGAACGACGAUGACCUACGACCUUAAACCAAAUGGCGGAGAUAUUUUUGUUACGAAUGACAACAGGAGAGAAUACGUGGAUCUGUACGUGAACUUUCUCCUCAACAAUUCAGUCUAUGAACAAUUCGCUGCAUUCUACCAUGGCUUUCACAGCGUCUGUGCCUCCAAUGCUCUCAUUAUGCUUCGGCCUGAGGAAGUUGAGAUGUUGGUUUGUGGGUCUCCCAUUAUAGACUAUGACGAGCUGGAGAAGGUCACGUUGUACGAUGGCUUUGACAAAGAUGACGUCACAAUCAAAUACUUCUGGGAGGUUGCCAAGGGUUAUCCCCUCCCUCUUCAGAAGAAGUUACUCCUGUUUGCCACCGGUAGUGAUCGCAUCCCUAUCGGCGGUAUGGGUGAGAUGUCCUUCAAGAUCAUAAGAGUUGACACCUCUUCAAACAUGCUUCCCAUGUCUCACACAUGCUUCAACCAGCUCAUCUUGCCUCCAUAUAAAAGCAAACGGCAGCUGAAGCAGAAGUUAACAAUCGCAAUCUCCAACGCCGAAGGAUUUGGAUUAGAGUAGCCAAUGGUAGCCGAUAUGGACUAAGUGGAGAACCUCAGAAUUUCUGUUGUCCCCAUAGCGCCGUGGGCGCCGCAAUGAUGUAAGGAUUUGUGUCUGGUUAUCAGACCUUUCCGAUUUUAAAAGACGGAAUCUUCGAUCUCUUUUAAAACUGCGAACUAGAUUCAUCAAAUACAAGGAACAUAGCAUAUGCAAUGGAUCAGGUGCGGGAAUAACAGACUUCUGUUUGGUGUACUUUCGCGGUGUUUGGUAUACUCUACAGGUCCUCGGUUGAUGCGUAUAAAUCGAAUAAUGUGUGUUUUAAAUGGAUUAGACAUGGAAGUCAUGAAGAAGAAAACGCAAAGUUGGCGCCGCAAAGAGACAACUACUAUCCAUUGUCACGCGGCAAUUUACUAUCCAUGUUUUUUCUCAUGGUAUUAUUGGAAGGACAUUUUCAUCACUAAAACCUUGAGCAAAAAAUAAUAAAUUCUGGACGUUGUGAUGUGCAUUUUGCGAAGAUGACACUUCAAGUAUAACACUAUAACUGCGUCGGCGGUUGCAUAGAAAAUUAAUUGACAAGGACAAAUUACUGUUUACAUCCGAGUAUUCAAAUUUAGCAAUAUAGAACAUUAUGGUCAGAAAGAACAAACAUGAGUUAUGCAGUCGACAUAAUUAUUAAUGUAUCGAAUUAUGAAUUGAUAGAUGAUUAUAUAAUUAUUUGUAGGCCUACGUCA